CUUAAAAAUUCAGAUUUUCUUAAUGUUACCCUUUUUUUUAUUUAAACACAAUAACUUUUUUGUCUAAUCUAAAAUAAUUAACCUAAUUUUACCCACCCAUUUACUCAUCUCUCUACCCACCAGACACCACCCAUUCACCCUCUUCAUCUUUGCUCUUCAUCUCUUUCACCUUCACCCUCAUCCUCUUCAUCUCUUUCACCCUCACCCUUCAUCUCUUUCACCCUCCUCCCUCAAAAGUCACGACCACCGCCUUCUCUUGUCUCCAUUCUCUUAUUCCUUGUUUAUUCUCACUUUCUCUCUCUUCCCCUAUUUUUCUCUCUCCUCAUAAUAUCCAUGGACACCCCUCCAGAUUGGGAUCUACUCGCCGUUGUCAGAAGCUGCUGCUCCACCACCACCACUACAACCACCACCACGGCAGAUCUAGAACCUUCUCCAUCAAUUCCGCCACCCCUCCAUCGUCGUCGUCUUCGCAAUUUACCCUUCCUCCUAAACUACCUCAGCAACAACAACAACAACAACAACCGCCUACGCAACAACAACAACUCCUCGGCUUAUUUGGCGUCUUCGGUAUCUUCGCCUUCUUCAGUCAUCACUGGAAGAUCUUUUGGAAUUGUUGAACAACAACAACAUCAACAACAAACGCAGCUUCGAGGAUUAAUUAAGCCUUCUCAUGUCAUUUUUGGAACUUCUUCUCCUUCUAUUGCUGGAAAUAAUGCUUCGCAAACUCCGAGAACUAAGAAAAGGUUGGUUUUGUUUGGAUUAAUUUUUCAUAUGAAUUUGUAGAUUGGUGUCAAUUUUAAUGGGUUUUGUGUUGAUUUUUGUAAUACAGGAAGAAUCUGAUGAAGAAGGUGUGUCAUGUUCCAGCAGAAGGUCUUUCCUCUGAUAGAGGUGGGUUUGAGAGGUGGGGUGGUCUGGGUUGGAGGUGGUUAGGGGUGGUGGUGGAGGGGUAUGUUAGAUUUCUGGGUUUUUUGGUUAGGGAGGGAGUUGCCGGAAAAAGGAGGGAAAGACGUGAGGGUGGUGGUGGUUUCGGGGGGUUGGUUGUGGUGGUUUUGUGGGGGUGGUAGUGGU